ACCACCAAAACACCGCCCUCGGGCCCCAAGUCCUCACUCCAAUGCUUUACUCUACAAAACGCAAGCUCCACAACUUGAUAAACGGCCCACUAGCACCACCAGCAAGUGUAUCGGCGCCCAACACACCGGCAAAACAAUCCACGGACCUCCCCACCACCACCACUGCUGCCGCCUUCGACGACAACGAUGUCGUCCUCAUUGCACCAACGUCAGACGACGCAACGAAGAAACGCCGCUUGGGCGGUUUAGGGAACCGCUCAAGACCAAGCGUCCGCGCCGUCUCACCAACCGGAUCGGUCCGCUCGACGGUUUCCACGACUUCAUCUCAACAGAUGCCGACCUACUCGCCAUGGGACCGGAAUGCAUUCUUGGAGAGGUUGAGGACGUACAGAUUUGUGGAUAAGUGGAGUGCUAAACCGGCGGAAGUUAAUGAGGUUGAGUGGGCGAGGAGAGGGUGGAGCUGUGUUGAUAAGAAUAGGGUCCGGUGUGGGGUUUGUAAGAGGGGGGUGGUUGUUAAGGUUGAGUUGGAUGAAGAGCAGGAUUCGGAUAUUAGUGAGUAUUAUUUAACAAUCCCAAGCUUUAUGGGGGGAGACUGAUUGGGGUGUAGCUAAAGCGGUGGUGGAAAAGUACAAGGAGAUGAUUGUCACGGAGCAUGAAGGGCAGUGUCUUUGGAAGAAGCGUGGCUGUGAUGGUAGGUCGCUCCUUUCCGCCCCAUUCCUUUUAUUCCAAUAUUCCCUGAGAGCGGAAAUUGAUGCGGGUAACCUAGAUACUAUCUACCGUCUUCAGCUCGCGAAUCCUUCCGUUUCCCGCCCUUCGUUCAUAUCCCGUUACUCUUCCCUCCUACGUAUCCGGCCGGAAAUCCCCCCGUCGCUCAGCUACCCGAUUGCCGACCUUCCUGAGCACAUCCUUGAAGCCAUUCAUGAGAACACGCUCCCGGUGGAAGAGCAGCACUCCGGAGGCCUUAUCCUCGCCCUGUUUGGCUGGCAGAACGAAGAUCCCGGGAUCCCUAGUCUCGUUACGUGCUCAGCAUGCUUCAGGCGAUUAGGCCUGUGGCUAUUCAGGAAGAAGGCCGUUUCCAUCUUCGACUCAGUUGAUGAAGAGGAGGAAGCGAGUGUUUGCAGAUUGGACGUUAUUGGAGAGCAUCGUGAUGUGCCUUGCCCUCCUGUCUCUGUUGUAGCGCAUGUGCUAACAGGUUCCAGUACUGCCCUUGGAUAAACGCCACAAACCAAGGCACGGAACCCGGCUGGCAGAUCAUGCUCCGCAUCCUCCAACAGCCAAACAAAGGCCCGGCACUCGGCUCAUAUAGCACCCAAUCCUCACCACCCGGGGACCUAGAGCACCCCGUAACCCCAGCAGAAAGAGACGCGGAAGAUGAAUCGAGGUUGAAGAGACUGAGAAAGCUCGGUGCAAUGUACCUCGGCACCGUCAAGAAGACCAAAGGCAAAGGCAAGGAAAACAAGGAACGCCCAAAGACGCCAAAAACCCCCAAGACCCCGACUAAAGAGGCGCCACUGUCGAAGACUCCCAAGACUCCCAAGACUCCCAACAGAGAUGCGCCCAAGACCCCGAGUAGGGACCCGCAGAAGACUCCCAAGACGUCGGGCCGGGAGGAGUGAGUAGGUGAAUUCGAGUCAGCAUUGGAUGGAAGGAAGGAGUUGUCAUUAAUUGGCGUUGUGCGGUUGUUGUAAUAAGGGUUUUUGGUUCCCCUGCUUCAUUAUUACUUGCUUGCUUUCUAUCUUUUCUUCUCUCGCUCUUCAUUUUCUCAUCAUAGUCCCUUUUGAUGACAGACACAGUGUAGUUUUUAAACCGAAUUUUUUUUUUCCCCCGUGUUCAUGAGGCUUAAUAUGCUUUUCUAUCGACAAGUCAGGCUUUGUCACGAUCCCAUGAUCUGUUAUAAACAUCUUUUAGCCAUGUAACUUACGAAUUAGUCCCUUCGGUACUUGUCCCUAUCGUACAAGUGUCAUGAGAUGAAAAAGGUUUACAUCGAAGGGGGCAUUCUGUGUUUAAUCGGCAUGAUACAGUAUGGUGCAAUCACAUUGUACUAUGCAGGAAUAUCACCCAUCG